GAAAAUUGGAGCGGAGGCUCGUCGGAUGAAGAAUAACUAGUAGAUGAUCAGUUAUUAAAGACAAAAUAAACAAGCAAUUGUUUCAUCUACUUUUGAGGAACCAUUGAGAAAAAACAUGGAUGAGGCGUCAAAGAAGUGGCUGAAUGUGAGUCAUUUUGACCACUUGACCGCAGCUGUUUCGGAUCCCCGCAACGGCAUAUGGCAACGCAUUGAAACCAGCAUCAUCGCCAAUCCGAGUGGCGCGGACAAAUCAAAGGAAACGGAUCAAGACAGCCAACAAGAUGAGCUGCAGGCUGGCACUGCAGCAGGGAGCAAAGAGAAAGACGCAACAAGUGAAAAUCCUGCAGAACAACAAGCGAAGGGGGUUUGUGCGUCGAGAGUAAGCACAACUUCAAAUAGUGGAGAAGCCGCAUCACAGAGCUCCUCAAGUUCCAGCACGACCACUACGAAAACAGCGGAAGACCAUGGAGGGGAGCAACCGGCAUCAUCAUCAUCCGCUUCUCCGCAGUUGCUGCCCGCGAAAACGAACCAGAAUGAGAUUGAUAUCACAUUGCAUGGGAUUCAAGACUUAAGCCAUUGUGAAUGCUUGGUGUUUCAAAAUUGGUACGCCUCGAAGCUGUCUUUGUACGAGGUUGGACUGAACCGCCGUGAAAAAUUGAUCCUGCACGAUUAUCGACUUGUAGAACACCCUUCCUACGAAACGGAUCAGCAGAGCUAUUUCGCCAUAUACCGGUCACAGCUGGAUACCACGGAAUUCUUUUCAAGACCGGCCGGGAAUCGCAAUAUCGUACUGAAUUACAGACGUUGCACAUUGAUUAAUGAAGAAGACAACUAGGAAACUCGAAUAUAUAUGGAUCGUGGAUAUUGACAUGGGCAUUGAGCAUAACGUCAACAUAGACGAAAUAGAGAGCACCCGGAUAGUACCAUCUGAUAGAUUCUUCUAGCACUAGGAUCGGUUGGAAACCAAGAGCGGUAUCUCAUUCUCAAUAAACUGUCACUUCUAACAGAAACUGCGAGCACGGCUAAUUCAAGAGAGUCCAGUGUGGGGCCAAUGUGGACUGCGGCAUGUCACCGCGUACAGAUUUCUUGCAGAGAAAAAACCGACUGCCUCAACAUCAUCGAGCAAGGGCGGCUCUACUGGGAAAACUGAUGCACCUGGAGCUGGAGGGUCUAGAAGUACCGGUAGCAUAACUUCAGGAGCCACGAGCAGCGCAGCGAGUUCGUCGAGCAGCAGCGCCGCUUCCAAUGCCUCCGUGGCCGGGGGGUCAGAGGGCGGUGGAGCUUUAGCAGCAAGGAAAGAGCCACACAAUGUGGGAACAGCGGCAAAAGGCCAGGAUUUGGUUGCACUAACACGGCGAUUUCGAGCACUGCAUUCUGAGUGCGCUCUGUCAGCAGGCGCUCUGCCAGCACUGCUCCUCUACCGUUCUGCUGCUGACGCCGGCGGCUCGGGCAAUUCUAGUAAUACAAAUAACGCACCUUCAAAAUCGACUGCAGGAGCACCUGGUGGUAUUAGUAUCAAUUUCAGUGGUCCUUCAGCAGGGGGAGUGGGAAGUACUGCAACCAGCCUCAUAGUAGAUCGGCCUGGAAGUGGAAACCGAGACAAAUCAGAGCAAGACGACAUGAUGGCAGAACGGAAGGCCGGUGAAAUUUGGGACGUUUUUCUCUCCACAAGGCAUGAUUGGAGGAAGUAACCUUCUAUCAUUUAUUUGUGCUGGACAUGUCGUGCGCUGUUGAAUAUCGUUCCAUUUCUUAGUUUUGUUCUUCGUUCCUUCUCGGUUCUUGAUUUUCUCUUUGUUUUACUCCAUAUGCUCUCUUCAGAAAGAGAUUCUGUUCCUGGUGAAGGAGCAAUUAUAGGCUACAGAAAUCUGACCCUUUGAAAAUGUCAUCUUGCGCGUCGCAUAAGGUUGACGCGGCCUUUUUCGCUACGCACAAAUCAGACGUGAUCUUGUUUGUGUUUUUUUUUGUUUCGAGGAUGCAGCAUGGUAGACAUCAAAAGUAUCUAUGAAUCGUUGGAAGAGAAAUAUAUCACAUCAGAACAAUCUCAAUCUGCUGAGCAAUUCAGCGCCAGGGCUACUGUAAAUGUCUUUUUGUGUCUUUUUCUCGUGAUGUCGAUGUCUCCUGCGUCGGAU